CAGGAGGAACCCGCCGGAGAGGAGCCCCGAGCCCCCAACGUCGCAGCCGCCGCAGCCCGUGCGCCCCGCGCCCCCGCGCGCCAUGGCCAAAGAAGGCGUGGAGAAAGCGGAAGAGACGGAGCAAAUGAUUGAGAAGGAGGCAGGCAAGGAGCCGGCGGAGGGCGGCGGCGGCUCGCACCGACUCGGGGACGCCCAGGAGAUGCGCGCGGUGGUGCUGGCCGGCUUCGGGGGGCUCAACAAGCUGCGGGUCACCAGGAAGGCCAUGCCCGAGCCGCAGGACGGCGAGCUCAAGAUCCGCGUCAAAGCCUGUGGUUUAAACUUCAUUGACUUGAUGGUGCGACAAGGGAAUAUCGACAACCCUCCCAAGACUCCCCUGGUACCAGGUUUUGAAUGUUCUGGGAUUGUUGAAGCUCUGGGGGACAGCGUGAAAGGAUAUGAGAUUGGGGACCGUGUCAUGGCAUUUGUCAAUUACAAUGCCUGGGCAGAGGUGGUCUGCACGCCUGUAGAGUUUGUCUACAAGAUCCCAGAUGACAUGAGCUUCUCUGAAGCUGCUGCAUUCCCCAUGAACUUCGUCACAGCCUACAUGAUGCUCUUUGAAGUUGCCAACCUCAGAGAAGGGAUGUCUGUGCUCGUGCACUCGGCUGGUGGUGGUGUGGGCCAAGCUGUGGCUCAGCUCUGUUCCACUAUCCCUAGUGUGACUGUCUUUGGAACAGCUUCUACUUUCAAGCAUGAAGCUAUCAAAGACUCCGUGACCCACCUCUUUGACAGAAAUGCAGACUAUGUGCAAGAAGUGAAAAGAAUCUCUGCUGAAGGAGUGGACAUUGUUUUGGAUUGCCUCUGUGGGGACAACACUGGAAAAGGCCUCAGCCUUCUCAAACCACUGGGGACCUACAUUUUAUAUGGUUCAUCCAACAUGGUGACUGGGGAGACCAAGAGCUUUUUUAGCUUUGCAAAAUCAUGGUGGCAGGUUGAGAAGGUGAACCCCAUCAAGCUGUACGAAGAGAACAAAGUCAUCGCGGGAUUUUCCCUUUUAAAUCUGCUCUUCAAGCAGGGUCGUGCAGGGCUCAUUCGAGGAGUGGUGGACAAGCUCCUGGAGCUCUACAACCAGAAGAAGAUCAAGCCUGUUGUGGACUCCCUAUGGGCCCUGGAGGAGGUAAAGGAGGCCAUGCAGCGGAUUCACGACCGAGGGAACAUUGGCAAAUUAAUUCUGGAUGUAGAGAAGACCCCAACUCCACUGAUGGCCAAUGACAGCACAGAGACCAGUGAGGCAGGAGAAGAGGAGGAGGACCACGAGGGUGACAGCGAGAACAAGGAGCGGAUGCCCUUUAUCCAGUAACCCAGAACCCAGGCAGAAGAAUGAAGGAAGGUCAUUGGUAGAAGAGGAGCCAGCUGAGGAAGUUCUUCUGUGCCCCAGUGAACAAAUGCUGUAGUCCAGUGCGUGUUGUGUUUGUCUGCAGUCAGCUGAGCUAAAAAGCUGUUGAUCACUGUUGUUUUUUGAAAUUAAGUGCCAAUCCCAUUCCAUGCAGUAUUAUGUCCUUCCCCCGUCUGUGUAUUACACUCUUCCCUCUCCCCUGUUUCAAAACCAUCUAUAUUUGGGUCCUUGACAGUUCUAGAACAGCCUUGCAAAUUAAUACAAGCCCAUAGGCCCAGUGCCUAAGAGACUAGACAUGGCAAAGACAGAUUUGGAUUGAAAGGUGUUAUCACAGAGUACUAUCCAGAUCCUAGAAUUCUUUGGGCCAAUGAUACUUUUCGCUGCCAGCCACCCAUGCUUCUGAUAACACUUGCCAA